AUGUCAAGGCAGCCAUUUUGGAUUUUCCGUGCUAAAAUCUUGUCUGUAAAGUCUUGUCUACGUGUUUUCAGGGCUAAUCUCUCACGUGUGGCAUUAGAUCCAAGUUGGGCCCAGAGUAAUGGUCUUAAUGCUCAGAACAACCCUGCCUGGCUACACCUCUAUCUGGCUGCCUGCAAGCUACUAGACCUGGCCCUGGUGCUACCUGCUGAUGCCCUUCCACAGUUCCAGCUAUAUCGGUGGGCUUUCACUGGAGAGGGGCAGGAGAUUCGUAGAAGCAACAAAAAGGAGAAGCCAGGCUUCAUUCCACAUCUCACACGUAUAGCCAAGGCUAUUAAUAAAAAGUUUGAGAUGAAAUCUAACAUUCCGAAACGUGAACCUGGUCGCCCUCUGCUGAACAUGUCAAGCAUACGCAGUCUUCAGGAGCUGCAACCGUUUUUCAAUGCCUUAGUCAAAACCAAUGAGAAACGAGAGCAUAGCUACACACCUACUAGCCAAUCAGGAGCCAUACGGAGGCCUCCAAAGUCAAAAUCUCUGCCUGAUUUCGGACAGUAUACCGGUGAUCCAUUAUUAGCAGAGGCAUGUACUAACAGUCAGCAAUAUAUAGAACAUAUCAUCGAAAGAGACUUCAUUGAAAUGCUACCAAAGAACUAAAGAUAUAUAUUAUUAGAAGAAUAGUGGACUUCUAUGAACCACACCUAUUUAAGUAUUUAUUACAGGUCAUGUCAACCUAGACUGCUUGUCAAAUUUUGCAGAUUUUUGUUGAAUC